AUGCACCCAGCGGGACCGCCACCACCGCAAAAUCGAUCCUCUCCUGGCCCUUCCUUAGCUCAAUGCCCAUCACCUUCUCCGUCGCUUCUUCAGCAACAGCAGCACGUCAUUUACGCUCCGAUAACGACCCUUCAAGCGUGCCCAGCGAAUAUUCAUCCUCAUUGUGUUUACUCAGGUGUUCAGAGGAGUUCCGGAUUGACUGGAAACCCUGGUGCACUUCCGAAUCAAGUUCCGAUUCGUCACACGAAAGUGACGAAAUGGCAACCGAAGAGCAAACUCCCCCGGGGCCAGCAUCCGCAUCACCAUCAGCAGACCCACCAGCAAUAUUGUCAGUCACUUCAGCAUCAGCAAACUCACGUUCAACAGCCAUUAGCCUACAUUUCCAAGCCUUUGGUGUUCUUCGAUCAAUGUCAGGCGAAUCAAGCGCCUCCCGGAGCAACUCCUUCGACGGGAUCAUUCCUCGUGGCCUCUUCGAGCUUCGCUCACCCUCCGUAUGGACCCGGUGAUCAUUACAGCUCGGCAUCCGGCUUGGCUCUGAUACCCCAGCCAUUUUUCAAGCCUCCUGAAGUGACCCAAACAUUUUGUCUGCUUCCGGAACGCCCUCAGAGCGCGCAGCAUCAUCAACAAAGCCUGAAUAACCAGGCACAGGGCACGUAUUACAACAUUUCAGCAAGCAACUCCUGCAACUAUCAAACCAUCAAGCCCCCCCUGCAUUUGACCAACGUCGCUAAUUCCUACGGGAACGUGACGUUCGGGGACAAUCCAAUAACUGGUCAGGCCAUCCCGGCUGGUCAGAUCUUCCAAAAUUCAUCGAUGACUUUCGGGCCUCCAUCCAGAGACAAACUGCCGAUGCUUCCCAGCGUCGAUCUCCAAACGAUGACUGGCUCGAGAAAUCUGACAGUUCCUGGCGACACGAAACACCAAGAAGCAGCGGCCUCCAGAAGAGAAACUGUCGAUUGGCCUCUCCAAACGGCCCGAGAAAUUUCCAAUGUUUUCAAGAAUCCCGACGCGAUUGCGAGUCCAAGGAUCUCCGUAUCGCCGAUGGAAACGAGCCGACCGUGUUCUUCGGCGCUUCCGAAGAACCAAGAUGAGCAUUAUUCAGACGAGUCGGCAGCGAGUUUCGAUUUCACCAUCGAAGCUGAGAAAAUGGUGUCGGCUCUGUGCAACACGGUGUCGUCGAACGAACUUGGAAAAGACGAGACUCGCGGUGACAACGAAACGUCGACACCUUUCGCCGGUGGAGCCGGUGACAACGUCGCUAACAAAACAAACUUGUGGUUCACCGACUUUUGUACAGAGUACGGGAUUUCGAUGGAAGAAAAUAACCGCACGACGAGCACUCAGACCCAAGAGGAUCGCCGGGAUCCUCACCAUUAUCCCGAGAUUAUGAGAAAAACGAUUUAUUGGGGCUGCAACGAGGCCGAAUCGAUACUGAACUCUGCCCCCCACCGAGGCAAGUCGAGGGCAGCGUGGCUGUCAAAUAUUUCUUCCGCAACGAGAACAGCGCUCACCAAAUCUUCCACCUGCUUCCCCAUUUAUUCCGGUGACAAGACAUUCGUCCAAGAUCUUGUGAACGCUUUCUUACGAAUAACCAACGGAUGGCUCGUUCUCGAUAAUUAUUUGAACAAACAGCAUUAUCCUUGUCUCGAUGACAAGUUCGACAGAGAGCUGCCGAGCCGGUUUCAAACGUGGGAAGUAGUCACGCAGGAUCUGCUCAGAGAAUUGAUCAAGACGCUCGUGAGUGUGGAGGAAAAUAUUGGUUCGUGCGGCUCGACUGGCCCGGAGAACUUGGGAUUUUCAGAUAACCCACCGAGCACGUCGUUCCCCGGGGAUGUCAAUCUCUACACGGGAAACGACCUCUUCGAUUCGUGGCAACGUCAACAAGAACACUCGACCAAGUUGAAUAACAGUGAUCGCAGCGAUCGUGAUGCCACUUACACCCUGCAGUAUGCAUCCCAGUCGACGAAUCCGAACUUAAAUUCGUUCGAGUCCCGUCUGCAAUCGCAAAAGGAGACGAAGCUCCGGAGCAAAUGGACGAUAACCGAGAACCUGUCAUCGACGAUCGACAGCGCGAAAUUAGGUCCGGACGUCUCGCUGGGCUCGAGUGACCUUGGUUUCUCCAGCGGUAAUCGCUACCGCAUGAAAAAUGCUUCGAACACGUCGUCGACGAAGAUCACGUCGUCUUCGAGACACUCGUUGAACGCCGAAUUUUUCAAACUGCAGAACAAAGUAAUGGAGAGCAUCGGAAGCUCGAGCGAGCUGGAGCGACAACGUUGGGGGUUGAAGGAGCAGCAGUACAAUUUUGUUUUUGGCACGUCGCGAGGCGCUCCCAGCACCGCUCCUUCAGGCCCGGGCCCCUGCGAGCCCAUCUUCAAAAUUAGAACCGCCGGAAGCUGCCACGAGAACGCUUACCCACGGAGGUGCCUGGCACAUCCGCAUUCGACGCAUCCGGUUAAUCCGAAUGCCACGGGCCAUUGUACAAACGUGAAUGGAAGUGUUUAUCUAGUCGCGGGACCGGAAUCCGCUCUCGACUCGACUUACCUAGCCGGAGUCAGUGCCGCGGACCGAAGCAAGCCUCGCGCCGAGCCGGAUCGUACCGGUAGCGUAAGAAUAGCCGAAUUGAACGAGCGCAAUUGUGGAAGUGGCCUCGUCCUCUCGGCAACGAGCGUCUCCGGCAUCAAAGCGGAGCCGGUUUACGUUGGAAAGUGUGGGUCGGAUGAGCGCGAGUUGCCUCCAGUCCCACGGACCAAGAUGACCUUGCUCAGUCAAAUAGAGGGCAAUACGCCUAGCGCGAAUAGAGAGACGCAAGAAAUGACGGCGAAUUUAUCAGCCUGGUUUGCGAGCAUGAGAAACGCCGCUCAUCGCACCAUCAAAGGCCCGACGGAAAGUAGAAAACCUGACAAUACUAUCGGCGCCAAAGCGUCGAACCACCCGCAGGAAAAUUCGAGAAGUGCGAUCGAUUUUACCAGAGCGCUUCACAUGGAUCCCAACCGGCAAUUGCAGACGUUGCAAAACAUGCAAGCUAUUCAGAGCCAACCUUGGAACGCCGCGAAUCUAUUGAACAAACAAACGACAGCCAACAUUCAUCGAAGCCUCGAUGAGUACGACAGCUCCGAAGACGUUCGAGUCUACAUGAAACCCGGAAGCUACAACGUCCCCAAAAAAAGGCAUCAUCGCAAGAACACUCGGAAAAACGAAAAUUCUGGGAGCUCCCGUGGCAAUGUCAACACACCGAGGGCUCACGCGAAUCGCCCUGCUCAAAACACUCAUCACUACACCGGACAAAAGAGCCACCAGCUCUCGACCUCCGUCUCCUCCUUGAUCAUCGCUUCCUCGGUGCAAGUCUCCGCGACGACUUCGACUACGAGCACAUCGAUCAGAGUCCCGUUUUCAGCAGCUGCUCCCAUCGUUCCCCCGCCGUCCAGUUUCACCCCGCAAAACUCACCGCGGAUCCUGCGCCGCGUCAAGUCCAUUUCAGAUCGGGAAAACCGGCAGGAUGUCGCCUGGAAAGCUGCGUGCGCUUCGGCGGAGAUUCUACUCGAAGCACUCAACGUCAAGGGACCCGGCGAGACCUACGACUCGAAGAGCCCAAACUCCGCUAAAGAAGCACGGUCCAACUGCACACCGAGGAGCAAAGAUAAUUGCUCUCCGGACCGCUUGUCCCCUUACAACGGGUUUGAAAAACAAGUGAACGAUCGAUUCUGCGACGCUUCGAGCUACGAGGCGUCCGAAGACGACUCGAGCUCCACGUGCAAAUGCUCCCCUGACCGGUACACCGAGGCGGAAUCUCGGGACACCAAACUCUCGAAGACGAACGUAAAAACGGACUCGUGGCUCAUCAGCACGUUGAACAAUGCGAGCAUCGUCGCGCUCAAUGCCAAAGAAUCCGAUCCCGACAGCACCAUCGGCGGUUCCAUCAACAGCUCCGUCAACGAGGAACGUCACGAGCACAAAACUGUCGUAACUUCUACGCCGGAUCCGAUGAAAAUUUCGAGCCAGGACGUCGCCGAUUCGACAGUCGGUGUAACAGAUAAAACGACGGAUUGCUUCCAGGAGACUGCGACGAAUGAAAGCCCUCGAGAUCGUGAAAAUGAGGACCGGGAAGCCAGCAACCUUUACGCACCGUCGAGAAACCUCUCGGUUUCGCUGAUCGACACCAGCGCCGAAUUCGUCGGUCGAGCCACGUACUCCGAGACCGUACGACGCUCGAGCGCAAAAUCCGGCGUCCUUGGCAAACCCGAGAACUGCCGAGGGAGGCAGACGAGAUGUACGGGUUCGAGCGAGCCCGUGGUCAGAGGCUCGAUCGUACCCAUACCCGGAAGAAAGUGCCAGCGCAAAAGCUCCGAUCGAGCCAGUCAGUCGGUUCACAAGACGAGAAAAAGUGUCGCAAAGAGGCUGCCCAAAGAUCUCGACGAAAAGGAAAGCGAAGAGGGACGAUCGAACAAAAAAAUUGCUAAAGAGGAAGUCUCUGGCCUCAGCUCCGCGAAACCAUCGACUGGCAAAAGUCAAAGUAAGAAAAAAGGUGAAAGUGGCUCUGCCAGUGGUUGGACAGAAACUAAAGCCAAAGUCAGCGAACGCGGAUGGUCCGUUUGGUACAGUUCCAGAAGGAAACAAGCACUCAGCUCACUAGCAUUCAACAAAUUGACUACGAUACAUCAGACCCUUUGGCAAAUGGAAGAUGCCAAACUUCUCAAGCAUCCCUCUACGCAUUCGAGUGGAUCUGGAGAAUUCAUCGAAUCGGGGCUCGAAGAGGACUCCAGAGUGAAUAAGAGUCCAAUUUUUCUGGAGACGAUUGGCUACAAGCUGAAAAACCGAAUUUACCAUAAAAUCGAGCACGUGAUGAGGGACUUUAGAAAAAUCGUGAAUAACUCGAAACUGUAUCACAAGAACGAUGCGGAUCGCAUCGCCAAGAUUGAAACGCUUUCGAAAAGGCUCGAAGAACUUUUCCAGGAGCAUUUUGCCACUUCGGAUUUUGAAAAUGCUCCAGAGAGCCCGAGAAACCAAGCGUCGAGAUGCAAAUCGCCGCAAAGACAAAAGUCGACGACGAGUCGGUUGAGCUCGUCGACGAAAAAAAAUUCUGCUCCUGCUGCUACGAAAAAUGAAAAUUGACGCGAAACACACGGUCAAUUUGUAGUUUUUAUUGACCUCGCGAUUCGAAUAAAAGUAAACGAUCGAUCGCGGCGCUCAAUUUUUGUUCGCCGAUCAUUCCCAAUGACGAAUAAUGUUUCUAGUCAUUUCCAUAACACAUUGAUAUUAAAUGUAUACACGCUUGUGAAAAAUACCUUAAAAAUCUCAUUCUAGUCAUAUUCAUAAGUUUCAUAAAGUUCCAACAAUUGAGCUCACUCCUCAACCGUUUAUCUUCAUGUUCAGCAUGAAUUGUAACCAAAAAAUCUAAAAACAUGCUCUCGCAUUUUCAUGGAUUUAUUGGAAAAAAAAUGAUGCAAUUAUGACAGCAUUAGAGUCCAAUUAUUAUGUAUGCACUGAAUUUUUUUUAGGUUUGUAGUUAUCACGACUUUUUUUUUUUUGUUAAAUUUAUACGUGAGUAACGCUGCACUUAAACUUGUAGUUAUUUUUAACAAUGUUAAAAGGAGAAAAAAAAAAAGAAAAGUUGAAACGAAUUUGUGCGGUCUGCAAAUAUUGUAAGUUGAAAAAGCAACGAUUGGAAAAUAAAAUCAAUAUCAAUAUCAA